AUGCCGCAUAUUAAACUCUAUAAUAUUAUAUUAAUAUUUUUGUGCAUUACAUCGAACGUUUUUUCAGUUUUAUCAAAAUUAUCAAAAUUAGAGAAAGAUGUCAACCUUGCAGUACGUUCUAGUAUAUUUACCAGUGAUGAUUUGUCGUAUAGUAUUAAACUGAAUCUCGACAUGGAUUUAAACCUGUAUAUAUAUUUGGUUCCAUCUGAAGCUCCAGAUUCAAAAACAGAUAUGUACAUGAGUGUAUUUUAUAUUUAUACGAACUGUUCAUUUGCUGAAUGGCUUCAGAAUAAGCUAUUUAAAUUCAUCGAAAAAUUCCCAAUAUUUUAUCAAUCGAAAUUUCAAAACACUUAUAAUAAUGAAUUUAAUAAACGUUUUGUAAGACCGAAUAUAAUUGAUAAAUUAAUCGAUAUCGACUCUUUUGUUAAACGCUUCAUAAAUAUUUUACUGCACAAUUUCUUACAUCUCGCUGAUUCUAGAGAUUAUGAUACGUCGUUAUUAAAAACAAUGUUAUUACUUCAAUUUAAAAUUCACUUUUUGACGCUCCCUGUGGAUACUGAACAACCACCAUCAGAUGAUGUAGUAGUACGUUCAAUUCUUGAAAUAAUGAACUUAAUUCAAACGUUCAUGGCCACGAAUUGUGAUGUUCACACUCAUAAUGAAAAAUAUUUUACCGCUGAUAAAUAUUUUAUUAAAUCAUCACAUUUCUUCGAUUUUUGGAUAACUAUUUCAGCUGACACAAAUGACUUCAUUGGAAAUAUUUUCAAUCUUAUAAAACAACUGGGUUUAGAAGAUAGUAAUAAAUAUUGUAAUACAGAUCAAAUGUUGUUGGUAAAUGUUGUAGCCGAGAACCCGGAUCAUCCUGUUUUAUGGGAGAUUUCUCACGCAGAAGUUUAUACAAAUUCUAAAACAAUUAAGAUUUACCAAAUACUAAACAAAAUUGAUAAACGUGAGUGUGACCUUGAACUAAUAUUUUGGUAUCAGGAAUCAAUUUUUAAAGCAAUUGUGAAAUUGAUAUACAGUAAGAUACUAACAGCCUUACAACAAGGAACUUCUAAGCCGGAUGAGAUUGUUGAGUCAAUACCAAAAUUCAUUGAAUUGCCAACAGAUGUCACUGAUUAUUUUACGAGCAUAAUAUAUGAUAAGGAUGAAGAGAAUGAACAGAUUAAUACCGAUGAUAUUAAAGAAAAAUUGAUUAAAAAGAUUACUGAUCUUCGUGACUCGAUUACCAAUAUAAUUUUAAUAACUUAUAAUACAAUAAAAAAUCAAGACGUAUCUAAAUUAGAUGAAUUUACAACAUAUAUAGAUUUAAGCAGUGAAAAGUUUUACUGUUAUAUUUCGGUGUUUAAAUUCCUACGAAAAGAAUUCACUAAAUAUUACAUACCAUUUUUAAGAGAUCUAUCAAAAGUCGAACACAUUGUGUACGAAGAUGUUAAAAUCGAUGAAAUCGUUCGAUCCGAUGUGAAUGAUAAACUAACUGAUAGUAGCAAAUAG